GGCAAAAACACAAACCUGUGAUGCACAUACACAUAGUCAAAUUUGAAAAACUCAAAGUAUGAACAUAUACAAUUUCUAAUCUUUGCACUGUGAGAUCAAUUACACUGUGAGAUCAGGAAAAUCAAGCACGUAAAAAUAAAGCACAAAAUGAGAUCAGGAAAAUCAAGCACAUAAAAAAUAAAAACACAAAUGGAGGCAUUCGAUUGUCACGGACUGCAGCAUCAAUUACUAACCGUCUGAAAUUGGGAGAAAACUUGCUGAUGUUUAUGUCGACCGAUUCCGGUAGCUGGAUCGGAGCCCUAACGACGACCCUAACGACGACCCCCCUGUAUGUGGGCGCAACAUUCAGACGGGAUUUGUGACCAUAUACACACACCAAUCCAAACAGUUAUAGAGGGGAAUAAUACAACAAUUUUGGCCUACCGUUUGUGCGUGGGGGUAUGGAGUCCUCAAUUGUUGUAACAACUCCAGCUUCAAUUGUAGGGUUUGCCUGCACAGGAACACACAAGGUUUGGGGAUGAAUGAUUGGAGGAGGUGUUUCCAAAAUUCAAAUCAACUACCGAGGGCAAAAUGGAAAUGUUGUUGAUGUAUCGGGCACGGGAGUCGAGGUAUGAUUGUAAUCGGCAGCUCAAAUGCUGAUACGAAACUCAUGUUGUUUGUGUGAACAGUGCGGGCUUUGUUGGGCCAACAUCGGGCCUCAUGUUAUCCAUCAGUGCAACCAAACACUGGGUUAAGUCAUGAUACAAACAUUUAACUGGAGAUAUCAUGCUAACCAAACGACUCCUAAUUACUACGACAAAAUGUCUAUCCUAACAAUCUUGUUUCUCCUUCUGAUUUUUUCAGCAGCAGAAGCUCAGAGAAGACCCUCCAAUAUCACCUUAGGCUCUUCCCUCACUCCCUCCUCCAACUCCUCUUGGCCUUCCCCUUCCGGCCUCUACGCCUUCGGAUUCUUCCCCCAACGCGUCAACAGCUACGCUCUCGGCAUCUUUCUUCGCUACAAAACCGUUGUCUGGACAGCAAAUAGAGACAGCAAUCCAACCGUCCCCGACGAUGUCGUCUCCCUUCUACUAUCCCCCGAGGGCCGGCUAGUCCUCCGCCGAAGACAAGGCCAAGACAUAAACCUCAUCAGCCUAUCCGCAACCAUCGCGUUGGCAUCAAUGCAUGACAACGGCAACUUCGUUCUCUAUGAUUCAAAUUCAAGAAUAAUCUGGCAGAGCUUCGACCACCCGACAGACACCCUCCUCCCCGGCCAGCGCCUCCCACCAGGGAAAGAGAUCUUCUCCAGUGUCUCCGAGACCGACUACGGGAGAGGGAUUUUCAGGAUGAAGAUGCAGAACGAUGGAAACCUCGUGCAAUAUCCUAUCAACACGCCUGACUCAUCGCCUAACUCUUACUAUUCAUCAUUCACAGACAGGGCAGGUAGUAACAUUAACAACUCUCUCAACCUCGACAGCGACGGCCGACUUUAUCUGCUCAACGGUAGCUUGCCUCUGAAGAAUAUAUGCGAUGGUGGAUUCCCUACGCAGGGAUACAUCAAUCUCAUGAGGCUCGACGUCGAAGGAAUCUUCCGCAUCUACUCUCUCUCUCGGUAAUCUCAACUUGACCAGGAGAUGGUCCUCCACAA